CCCUCACCGCCGUGGCCGCGUACGGACGAUGUCGGCGCUUCGCUACGCGGGUCUGGACGACACGGACAGCGAGGACGAGCUCCCGCCCGCCUGGGAGGAGCGGUCGACGCCGGACGGAUGGAUUUACUACGUCAAGUGAGCGGGACGGGAUGUCAUGCAGAGCAGAAGACCCAGUGGGACAACCCCAAGACAGGCAAACGCAAGAAGGUGGCUGGAGAGCUCCCGUACGGGUGGCAGCAACUCGUGGACGCCAAGGGCCAAGUCUACUUCACCGACCACAUCAACGGGCGCACGACGUUUGUGGACCCGCGCCUCGCCUUCCCCGUGGAGCAGACGGGGGCGGCUCGCUCCUCCUCCUCCGCCGCCGCGUUCCGCCAGCGCUUCGACGGCAGCAGCACGGCACUCGACGUGCUGCAGGGUCGCGACCUCAGCGGCGUCGUCGCGCUGGUCACCGGCGCCAGCAGCGGGAUCGGCUUUGAGACGUCGCGCUCUCUGGCGCUGCACGGAGCGCACGUCUUCCUGGCGUGCCGUGACGACGCCAGGGGUGCGCACGCCGCGCAGCUCAUCACCAGCGAGUGGCCCCAGGCUCAAGUGGACGUGCUGCCGCUGGACUUGGCGUCGCUGCACAGCGUACGCGAGUGCGCCGACAGCUUUAUCUCCCGGCGCCUGCCCCUGCACGUGUUGGUGUGCAACGCCGCCGUCUUCGCCGCUCCCUGGAGCCUCACGGAGGACCUGCUGGAGUCCACCUUCCAGGUGAACUACCUGGGCCACUUCUACCUGCUGCGCCUGCUCCAGGAGACGCUGGUGCGCUCGGCGCCGGCGCGGGUCGUGCUCGUCUCGUCCGAGUCGCACAGGUUCCCCGAGCUGGACGGCGCCGGCUUCCGCGUGGAUCUGUCGCGCCUGUCGCCGGCGUCGCGCUCCGACCACUGGCCGGCGCUCGCCUACAACCGCUCCAAGCUGUGCGCACUGCUGCUGGUGCUGGCGCUGCACGCUCGCCUCGCGCCGCUGCGCGUCGCCACGCACGCCGUGCACCCGGGCAACAUGGUGUCCACGCGCCUCGCUCGCCACUCCUGGGCCUACCGCCUCCUCUUCCAGCUCGCCCGCCCGUUCACCAAGUCCCCGCAGCAGGCGGCGGCCACGACGGUGUACUGCGCGACGGCGCCGGAGCUGCAGGGCGCCAGCGGCAUGUACUUCAACAACUGCUGCCGCUGCCUCCCGUCCGCGGCCGCACAGAGCGAGGAGCUGGCGCAGGACCUCUGGGAGCUCAGCGAGCGCCUCGUGAGCGAGCGCAUGGGGCCACUGCCGCCCGCUGGCAAUGCCUGAGGCGGCGGCGGCGGCUGCCAGGACUGGGGAAUCGUUGCGUUGAUCAAUAAUUGUUGUUGUUGUCGUUUCUAUUUUUGUAUUAUUUCACUUUUUUUUUUACUAAAUACGCAAAUUGUCGCAGCGGUGGCUAGGAGAUGUUGACUACCUCGCCUGGUGUACAGGAGGUCGUGGGUUCAGUCCCAACCCUGACGCCUGCUGCUGUGUAUUUGGAGUUUGCGUGUCUCUCUCUCAUCAUCAUCACGGUGAAUAGGAGAUGUUGACAACCUCCCCUGGUAUACAGGAGGUUGUGGGUUCAAUCCCAACCCUGACGCCUGCUGUGUAUUUUGAGUUAGCAUCUCUCUCUCGCACAUGAUCAUCACAGUGAAUAGGAGAUGUUCACAACCUCGCCUGGUGUGCAGGAGGUCGUGGGUUCAGUCCCAACCCUGACGCCUGCUGUAUAUUUUGAGUUAGCAUCUCUCUCUCGCACAUGAUCAUCACAGUGAAUAGGAGAUGUUCACAACCUCGCCUGGUGUGCAGGAGGUCGUGGGUUCAGUCCCAACCCUGACGCCUGCUGUAUAUUUUGAGUUAGCGUCUCUCUGUCAUGAUCAUGCUCCUGCUGCUGCUGUGUGACCCCAAUAGAAUCAUAUGCAGGUUACAUUUGUUUCCAGCAGUCACAUCGAGUUGUGGUGGUGGUUUUUUUUAAUCCGUGGGAGAGAAGAGAAAAAAAACCCGCACGCAGAACGAGGGUGCGAGAUGUCACGCGCAAACUCUCUCGACACGGGCAUCAGAUUGGGGAAUCGAACCCAGGCCAUUCUUGCCACUACGCUGCGCUGUGACGAUUCGAUACUGGGGUUGGCUGGGUCGGGAUCUAUUUUGUCGUUUAGCGAGCUUUGUUUUCAUGAUCACCGUAUGUAACAAUUUUGUAAAAUUUUUCUUUGGUUCUGUCGGUAAAGUCACGUAUAAAGAUAAAAUAAUAAAUUAAAUAAUAGCAUACUACGACGUUUCGAUUGCAACACAAGCAAUCGUCAUCCGGUAUAAAAUAAAUAUAUAGCAACAAAAAUCUAACCAGAAAACUCUAGACAGACAUCUAAGCAGACAGACAUCAUAAAGAUACACAGAGAGAGAGGUCGUCUCUGUGGCGGGGCCCCCUCUCUAUAUUUAAAGCCCCGUCACAAAGACGACCUCUCUCUUUGUGCCAAUACGUGUUCUCUCUCUCUGUGUGUAUCUUUAUGAUGUCUGUCUGCUUAUAUGUCUGUCUAUAGUUUUCUGGUGAGAUUUUUGUUGCUAUUUCUUUUAUACCUGAUGACGAUUGCUUGUGUUGCAAUCGAAACGUCGUAGUAUGCUAUUAUUUAAUUUAUUAUUUUAUCUUCAUACGUGACUUUACCGAAAGAACCAAAGAAUAAUUCCUGCAGUCACGAAAGCUCCAAAAUUAAUUUUGUAAAACCCGCAUCGGUUCCGUUCCGUUCGAAGCCGAAUCGUAAAACAAAUCAUCGUGGCUCUUCUGACUCUCACGCAAGCAAUGUGUUUUUAUUUUUCCCCGCGUAUUUUUCCACUAGGUGGAAGUUCUGUAACGUGCGAUCAAAGACGGUUAUGACCUUCACGUUGGAAAGGCGGCGAGCUGUUAUCAUGUUCGUUCACAUCCUCUGCUGCUGCUGCUGUAUAAUGUAAAGCGGAAUUUACCGCAGAGUGAAAUUGCUAUUCUUAGGUUUUUUUCCGGUAAAGUCACGUAGGUAAAAAAAUCAAAUUAAUAAAAAGUAAAAUAAAAUAAAAAUCACGACGUUUCGGAGGCAACACAACGUCAUGAUUUUUAUUUUAUUUUACUUUUUAUUAAUUUGAUGUUUUUUCCUACAUUACUUUACCGAAAAAACCUAAGAAUAUGAAUCCUUGCGGUCACGAAAGCUUCAAAUCCUGAAAUUGCUAUUCAGUGGUUCGCGAGGACCAUUGCAGUUUCAGCGACCCGGGCAAUUUCCCUACGGUCCGUGUUUGGCCUCGACGCAGAUUUGUUCCUGUAAAUAUGAUUGUUGUAAAAGUACCACUGACUGCGUCGUUGUAACGUUAAAUUGAAUUAAAAACCCGGCAAGCCAAUCUCUCAAGGGAGUCUCUCAUUUUGUUGGGCGGUGGGGGGGAAGGUUAAACAUUUCGAUUUAAAGCUUUCGUGACUGCAGGGAUUCAUCUGCUUGGUUCUUACGGUAAAGUCACGUAGAAGGGAAGUAAUACAAUAAUAAAAAUAAAACAUAAUAAAAUAAUAUAAUAAAAUUAUAAAAUAUAAUAAUAUUAAAUAAUAAUAAAAUAAAAGAAGAUGAAGGUUAAACAUUACAAACAAACAAACAACAACAGCCCCCAUUCUCCACUAAGUGACCGGUGGCGUAACCACGGUGGCGUGUGCCAGGCUAGGUGCACUUUGAGGCCAUCGCUGAUAGAGGAGGUCACGGGACAGAACCAGGUGGCAUCAGUCGACUGAGAUGACUGGCCGAUGCCACCAGCU